AUGCAAUCGGUGUUGUUUGAUAGUGGCAGAGUUUACUUUUUGUAUGGAUAUGGAGGAACUGGCAAAACUUUUGUCUGGAAUACAUUAUCUGCAGCCAUCCGUUCAAUGGGUAUGAUUGUUCUGAAUGUUGCUUCAAGUGGUAUUGCUUCUUUGUUGUUGCCGGGUGGUAGAACAGCACAUUCUAGAUUUUGCAUUCCAUUGCAAACCGAUGAAACAGCUACUUGCAACAUCAAACAAGAUAGUUUAAGGGAAAAUUUACUGAUCUGUGCCAAAUUCAUCAUUUGGGAUGAAGCUCCUAUGUUAAAUAAGAAUUGUUUUGAGGCACUUGAUAGAACUUUGUGCGAUAUCAUGAGUCAGGAAGAUGAAAGCAACAUGGACAAACCAUUUGGCGGUAAGGUUGUAGUUCUUGGUGGUGACUUCAGACAAAUUCUUCCAUUCAUUCCAAAAGGUGGAAGGCAAGACAUUGUAUCUGCUACAGUAAAUUCUUCUGAUCUUUGGAAAUACUGUAAAGUUUUAAAGCUCACUAAAAACAUGAGAUUACGCACAACAGGUUCACCAGAGCUUGCAACAGAAAUUAAAGAAUUUGCUGACUGA